AAUCUAUGCGCUGUGGGCCACCACCCGCAAUCGACGCGAAACAAAUUUUAUUUUUCUGCCGUCUUUUUUCCGAGUCAGUUCCAGCCUUCCAGGGCGCAAGCCCCCUUUGCGGCGAUCGCCGGGGAGCGGAGGGGAGGAAUCGAUGGAUGCGGCGCCGGGCGCGAAGCCGACAAGGCGGGAGCCGCCUCCCUUACCUCCUAACUACGUCAGCCUCCGGCACCUCCAGGAGCUCCGCCUCAAGGAGAAGGAGGAGCAGGAGAGGCGGCGGCGGGAGGAGGAGGAGGAGGCCGCGGCUAGGCGGGAGGCGGAGAAGGCCGCCGCGGCUAGGCGGGAGGCGAAGAAUGCCGCCGCGGCUAGGCGUGAGGCGAAGAAGGCCGCCGCGGCUAGGCGGGAGGCGGAGAAGGCGGCCGCGAUUAAGCGGGAGGCGGCGCUGAAGGAGGAGGCGAAGGGCCGCGCCGUCUCGUGGGAGGCCUCCGGCGGGGACAAGGAGAGGCAUCGCGGCGGCGGGCAGGUGCAAGGGCAGGGGCACCAGUGGAUCGCCGUGGCGCAUCGGGCCCCGGUCACGUCUCCGUGGCCGAUGGGGCGCCGGCAAGGCGCGGCCGGGAAGAACGAAGCGGCGAUAGGAGGAGGCCGUGGCAAGAAGGGGCCGGACGAUUCCAUCCCGGACAAUGCCCCCCAUGGUGGAGGGAAGCACCGGGUGAAGGGGAAGUGGAAGGGGACGGGGAAGGAGAAGCUCGCCGAUGCGCUUCCUGCUUCAUCGCAAGGCGGCAAGCCUGCUGAGGUGGUUCCUCAACCAUUGCACGGCGGCAAGCCGGAGAGCAAAAGUGAAUCGAAGGCGAAGGGGAAGGGGCCCGGAGAUCAGGCCGCGGAAUCGAGCUCCAGUGACGUGCCAGGCGAGCCAGCCGACGCAGCCAUCUUGUCCUCACGAGGCCGCUUCCAGCGCGGGAGACCGACGGGCGCUGGUGGCCGGAGCGCAGAGACGUGCGCGGGAAUCGCGCCGGAGAAGGCGGCCGGCCCGUCGCCGCCGCGAGGCGUGAAGUCGGACGACAUGGGGAAGCCGAAACCCUCAGCUGCCAGGCGCGCAGACGCGAUGGCUGGCAGCAAUUCGCCGGAUGGGAAGAAGGCAGCUCCGGCCCAGGCCCCGUGCCCCUCUGUCACCGACGGCAGCAGCAAACCGACGAGCGAUGGCGAGCUCCGCAACACCAUGGAGGCAAAGCCCGGGGGCCUAGUAGAAGGUCAGCGCCGGCGGCAGGUGGCAGUGGUUCAGGCCGUGGCCGAGCUGAACCCGCGGGGUGCGAGGUGUUCGGCUGGGCCCUGGCGCGGCCGAGGCAAUGAGGCCACGGAGCAGCACGGGCGAGUGUGGGUGCCAAAGGCGGCGGCGGCCGGAUCAUCUGCCGGCGCCGAGCUUUGAAAUUGCCGGAGUAGAUGAAUAAUUGGGCUGCGAUUGAAUCGCUUGGAGCUUGGGGCGAAUUACACUGGUGAUGGCUUGACUAAUCUUUAGUGAAUACCUGACUAGUUAUGGGAUGAUCUGUGAAAAGAAUCGAAGCGUUCUUCUUGUUCCUCAAUCUAUUUGGCUA